AUCCCCCUGUCCUCUACGAAGUUUGGGUUUCAAUCCAGGAUGCAAUGCGCGUCCACGCAUGCCAUAUCCCAUCUCCCUCUACCACCACCGACCAUUGCAUUCACUUCAGACAGCAAGAAAUCUCCGUUUCAACUCAAACCCCGAAAUCACCCUCUCAGUUGUACCUUAAAGUCAAUGGCUUUAGAAAAGACAAUUCAUUUACCUCACCAUGUGACGUCCAUCUCCAGCACUUCAAACCCGUUUGUGAAGCACUGUCUGAAACUUCGAACAAGCUCCUCUUAUCGCCUGCUUCAUGGCUUAGUUCUUGUCGUUGGCUGGACUCCUAUUUGGGAAAUAUGUAGAUAUCAAGAAACAAUUUCAGAGUGGAAUAUAAAAAUAGAAUGCUUGCUUGUACUUGAUCAUACUCCAAUCCCUGAAGAGCUAGAUUUAUGUUCUACACAGGUUGUCCAUGUCAGCUCAGUGGUAAUGAAAAAACUCUCGGGUGUCCAAUCAGUUGAUUCUAUCAAAUUGAUUGCUUUAUUCAAGAUUCCCUCAAGUUUUCAUAAUGUCGGUGAUGAGUUUACAGAGGAUGAUUGUCGUAAAUGGUUCCCGUUUUCACAUCGAGUUCUGGUUCUUGAUGGUAUUCAGGACCCAGGAAAUCUUGGCACGCUGCUUCGAUCAGCAAAGGCAUUUAGAUGGAAUGGUGUGUUUCUAUUGCCUGGAUGCUGUGACCCUUUCAAUGAGAAAGCACUCCGAGCUAGCAGAGGAGCUUGCUUUCAGCUUCCUUUAGUUUCUGGUAGUUGGAAGCUAUUGAAGAAACUUUCUGACAAAUGCAAUAUGAAAAUGUUAGCUGGCCAUCCUGCAAAAGAUGGGAAAUCAAAGACGGUCACCCGCCUAUACCAAGGAUGUGCCGACUCUAUAGCGGAUCAGCCGUUGUGUUUGGUUUUGGGUAGUGAAGGAGGAGGACUUUCAGAGGAAUCAAGGGAAGUAUGUGAACUUGUUAGUAUUCCAAUGGGUGGAGACUAUGAGUCGCUUAAUGUUUCAGUUGCAGGUGGAAUAUUUUUGUACAUGUUGCAACCUGACGCUCAAUUGUUGUAAAACUGGAAAUAAAAAUGCCAAUGCCUGAGUGCCUAACUGAUUAACUCUAACCUGCCCAUGCAAGAUGCAAUCUUUGUUUUGACCUUCAGGGUUGCUGGCGGGGUUAAAUUCCUGGCAAAAGGCAUGAAGACGGCUCCUUGUUACUUGUGGAACCAAAUGAGAAAGCUCAUUAACUAAGAGAGUGUUUGUAAAAACUUACAAAAAGUGCUUUUCAGCUUUUGGCUUAAAGAAUGUUUUAGGCAUAGCUUUUGUUUAAAUUAAGCACUUAAAAGCUAAAAGCUGGAAGCAUAUGGGGUAGUGUUUUUAAACUACUUUUUAUUAUUUCUAUUACACAAAAAGUACUUAUUUUAACAAAUACUAUCAACUUUAUAUUUUCAAAAGCAUUUUUUUCUCAAACACUACCAACUUUUAGUAUUUAGUAUUUUCUCGCAAAUAACCAUAAAAAAUCAUUUUUUGAAGUAGAAGCUACCACAAAUGCUCUCUGAACAGAACCAAUGGCUUUAGUUACUUGCUAACUAUCCUAACAUAUUGUAUCAUCUUAGUUCCUUAGGAUCUCAAAUCUCAAUGACUUCACCCUUCUGGCAUAGAGUAGACUAUCUGAUUGCCGGCUUUGUGAUUUGGCACUUCCAUAGAUUGGUUUUCUGAUUCCCAAUUGGGAGUUUUUAGUCUUAGAAUAGCUGGAUUUUACACACGUUGAACUGUUGAACUGUCGAACUUUCCCAUGGAUCUCAACAAAGAUGUUAUAUUUUUGAACGGCCAA